ACUGCCUGUAUUGAAAUGAAGAGGGUUAUGGUGCUAACCAAAUUGCCAUCUCAUCGCCGGCAUAGAUCCCCACGCCCAGGUUACCCAGCCCAGCUACCCUCAUUAGCUAGUCAUUCCCAUUCUUAAAGUUAAACCCCGCGCGCAUCAGCUGGAGUAUAUAUUAAGCGGACACCACAAGGCCGGGGCGAACCCCAAGCCAAACCUGUCCACAAACAGAGUCAAGCAAGACAAGAAGAAGAAGAAGCAGAAGCAUGGCGGAGGCGGAGGCGGAGGCCGAUGUAGGCGGCGGCGUGCGGCGGCGGCAGCGCGGGUGCGCGGGGGAGUUCUUCCCGGAGGCGUCGUUCUCGAGCUGGGCGGCGUACGGGCGCGCGCUGCGGAGCACGGGGCCCCGGCUGGCGGACCGGCUGACGUCGCGGUCGCUGGAGGCGACGGAGCUGCACGAGGUCCGGGCCCGGAGCGGCGCCGACAUGAAGCGGGACCUGACGUGGUGGGACCUGGCCUGGUUCGGCGUGGGCGCCGUCAUCGGAGCCGGGAUCUUCGUGCUCACGGGGCAGGAGGCCAAGGAGGUCGUCGGCCCCGCCGUCGUCAUCUCCUACGUCGUCUCCGGCGUCUCCGCCAUGCUCUCUGUCUUCUGCUACACCGAGUUCGCCGUCGAGAUACCCGUCGCAGGCGGUUCGUUCGCGUACCUCCGGGUGGAGCUGGGCGACUUCAUGGCGUUCGUGGCGGCGGGGAACAUCCUGCUGGAGUACUGCAUCGGGAGCGCGGCGGUGGCGCGUGCGUGGACGUCCUACUUCGCGACGCUGCUGAACCACCAGCCCGCCCAGUUCCGCAUCCACGCCUCCUCCCUCGCCGCCGACUACUCCGAGCUCGACCCGAUCGCCGUGGUCGUCAUCACGCUCAUCUGCGCCUUCGCCGUGGUGAGCACCAAGGGCUCCUCCCGCUUCAACUACGUGCUCUCCAUCGUCCACAUCGCCGUCAUCCUCUUCAUCAUCGUGGCCGGGCUCACCAAGGCCGACACGGCCAACAUGCGCGACUUCAUGCCGUACGGGCCCCGGGGCAUCUUCGCGGCAUCCGCCGUGCUCUUCUUCGCCUACAUCGGCUUCGACGCCGUGAGCACCAUGGCCGAGGAGACCAAGGACCCGGCCAGGGACAUCCCCAUCGGCCUCGUGGGCUCCAUGGCCAUCACCACGGCGCUCUACUGCGUGCUGGCCGUCGUGCUCUGUCUGAUGCAGCCCUACGGCGACAUCGACAAGGACGCGCCUUUUUCCGUGGCGUUCGCCGCCAGGGGCAUGGACUGGGCCAAGUACAUCGUGGCGUUCGGGGCGCUGAAAGGGAUGACCACCGUGCUGCUCGUCAGCGCCGUGGGGCAGGCGCGGUACCUGACGCACAUCGCCCGGACGCACAUGAUGCCGCCGUGGCUGGCCGAGGUGCACCCGCGGACCGGCACGCCCGUCAACGCCACGGUCGUCAUGCUCUUCGCCACGGCCGUCAUCGCCUUCUUCACCGACCUCGCCAUCCUCUCCAACCUGCUCUCCAUCUCCACGCUCUUCAUCUUCAUGCUCGUCGCCGUCGCGCUGCUCGUCAGGAGGUACUACGUGGCAGGGGAGACCACGGACGCGAACCGGAACAAGCUCGUGGCGUGCGUGGCUGCCAUCCUGGCGUCGUCCGUGGCCACGGCGACGUACUGGGGACUCGACGCCAAGGGGUGGGUGCCCUACGCGGUGACCGUGCCGGCCUGGUUCGCGUCCACGGUGUGCCUGUGGGCGCUGGUGCCGCAGGCGAGGACGCCCAAGGUGUGGGGCGCGCCGCUGGUGCCGUGGCUGCCGUCGGCGUCCAUCGCCAUCAACAUCUUCCUGCUGGGAUCCAUCGACGCCAAGUCGUUCGAGCGGUUCGGGAUGUGGACCGCCGCGCUGCUCGUCUACUACCUCUUCGUCGGCCUGCACGCCUCCUACGACACCGCCAAGGCGCUCGAUGCCGAGACCGCCGCCCGCAGGGUGGAGGAUGGCGGUGCCUCGCAGAUGCAGAUGGCGCCGUCCUUCUCCAACGGCAAGUGAUAUGCUGAUUUCAAGGUUUGAUUGUUGCAUGCUGGAUGUGGAGCUCUAUAUCUUUGGUGUCAAGUACAGCGUGCUGGCAUGUUAUGCAAGACCAGAACUUGCUCGCAUGCAUAUAUACAUGUGCCAGCAAACUGUUUUAACUAGGAUGCACAUGAAACCAUAAGAGCGUGAAUGAGUGAUAUACUCAUGUAAGUUUGUACAGCUGUUGGUAUGUUCCGUGCAUAAGAGAGUGAAUGGGACGCUUUCUAAAAAUAGAUACAUUCAUAUUAUUUGGACAAAUUUGAGACAAGUAAUAUGGGUCGGAGAGAGUAUCUGUUUUUCCGUCA